GUAUGCCCAGCUUAAGCUAGCUAGGUCUCAGGACCUAGCUGAGAACGUUAGUUACGGAUUAGCUUACAAACACGUUUAACUUACCGGCGGGGCCUCGGAUCCUUCUGUCGAGUAGUCCAGUUUACUGAAGAACACUCAGGCUGUCAGGUUAAAACAGUCGGUCGUGGUUUUGUAACUUAAAGCUGGAGCUCCUCUCAGCGUCCCGCUCUAUCUGCUAUUUUCGAACAGAGAUACGCAAGUUUCUCCGUGACUGCAGCUGCCAGUCAAAGCUGUUAUGAUGACGCUGUACGCAAAUUUAAAAGCGUUAUAGUAGUAAUUAUAAUCAAACUUAUGGGAAAGGAGACAUCUUGAACAUAAAUCGGUGUGAUGAGAACUACUGAUGAUGAAAGAAAGAAUCUUUGGAAAAAUUAUCUAACAUCACGUGUUCAUUGUGACAUCAUCAUUACUCAUCACAUUCUAUUAGGAUUCCUUUGAUCUGAAGUCUUUAAAAAGGAUUCCUUUGAUCUGAAAUCUAUAAAUAGGACUCAUUUGAUCUUAACACUAUAUUGUAACCCAAACCCUGUGUCCAUUUAGUUCUCACUGAACUUAAAUUACAAAAAUGGCUGCGUCUUCCUCCAUUCCCAGCGACGUGAUUGAAGAUAAUGAAAACCUUGUUCAGCAAGUCAAGGAAUUAAAAGAUGAGAACAAAAACCUCCAAAAAAGCAUUGAUGUGCUUCUCAAAGAUUAUGAGUUUUCUAAAAACAAGAAAAAAAGGGAACUACAGCUAGAAAAUGAGAAGCUUGGCUCGGAGAAUUUAGACUUGAACUAUUGCAUUUCCCAUUUGCACUUUGAAAAUCAAGCUUUGAGACAACAAGUUGAAGCAAAGGAGAAUGCUUGUGAACAAAAAGAUCAAGAAUUGAAAAAUGCCCUGGCGCAACUUAAAAGCUCUGAAGAUUACCGUAAAGAAUUCAAAGAGUAUCUUGACCAGCUGAGCAAGGGUGUAGCUUGCUUGCUCGAUGGCGUGAAAACAGAAAAGAUGUCAAAAUGCCUGAAAAAUCAUGAUGCAAAUGAAAGCACAUGUGAGCUGCAAAGCAACUUUCAGCAGGAAAAAGAUCAAAUGCGUCAUGAAAUCCUGGCUCCUCACUUUGAUCUUCAGGCAGAAACAAUAAUGAAGAAUUUCAGAGCACUUGAGAUAAACUAUUGUAUGAUGAAGCAGGAAAAUGAAUGUUUCAAAAAACAUAAUCAGGAUCUAAAGGAAGAAGUUGAAGCCAAGAACAGUGCUCUUCAAGAACAAGCUCAAGAGCUUCUAUCUAUUCUGGAACAACUCAAAAGCUCUGAAGAUGACAAAAAUAGAAUUAGGCAAUAUAACAAAGCUCUGGAACUGGAAGUCCAGGAGCUUAACAAAAAGUUGGCUGAUUGUCAGAAGGAAGUGAGACAAAAUGAAGAGGCUCUGCAAGAAAAAAUGCACCAUAGGCAUGAAGAGUAUGAAAUGGAGAAGCUGACAUUGCAGCAAAAAGUUGAAGAUCUCCAAAAGGACAACCAGGCGUUCAGAUUACAAAAUGAUGCUGCAAUACAGAGCAUGUGUGAGCUGAAGGAAAAUUUUCAAAAGGAAAAGGAUGAAAUGAAACAGCAAAUCCAGGCCCUCCAAAAUGACAUCCAUGAGGCAAACGAAACCCUGCAAAAUUUCAAAGAAUUUAAGGAACUGUAUGGUGAGAUAAAGCAGGAAAAUGAGUGUCUGAGCAGUCAAAACCAAGGCCUGAAGCAAGAAAUCGAAGCAAAAAACAUUGCUGUUCAGGAAAAAGUUAAGGAGCUCAAAUGUAUUCUGCAAGAACUCAAAUCCUCUGAAGCUGACAAUAACAGAAUACAGCUUGAUAAAUGUGAACCUCAGCUCACACCUAAAUCUAAUGAGUCAAUUGAAAAGGGAGAGAGGAUCAAAACAAGCAAAAAUACAGACCUAGAGGAAAAAAAUAAGGACAAUACCACAAAAAGUUCAUCUCACAUGGAAACUCCACAAGAACAGACAGACAGGGCGGUGAAGGAAGAGGAUCAAGGGGGAUGGAUAACAUGGCUCCGAGGUGCUGCCUUGCAUUUUGCUCUUUCUCACUACAACUAGGCCUAUUACUGAAAGGCAGUUUGCAGUAAGGCUCAGGCUGCUUGGGAACUGAGCAUUUCUUCUCCACUCACAUCUUUCGACUUCCCAUUUCUAUACACCACUACA